CAGGAAAAUGGCGACUGUCAUUCAUAAUCCUCUAAAAUCGCUGGGUGACCAGUUCUACAAGGAGGCCAUCGAACACUGUCGCAGCUACAAUGCCCGUCUCUGUGCCGAGCGCAGCGUGCGCAUGCCCUUCCUGGACUCGCAAACCGGCGUGGCACAGAACAACUGCUACAUCUGGAUGGAAAAGCGCCAUCGCCAGCCAGGCCAGGCCGCAGGACAGAUGUAUACCUACCCUGCUCGUUGCUGGAGAAAGAAGAGGCGACUCCACCCUCCUCUGGAUCCCCAGCUCCGCCUGUGUGAGCUUCGACUAGAAGCCGAGCUGGCCCCCAAGCGUGAGGUGCCCCCAGGGGAGGCUACAGCCUUGGAGGCCCUCCUGAGGGGGGACAGCCUGCUGGAGAAAAAAAACAGCUUCAAUAAGGAAGAGGAGACGUUGCUGGAAAUACAGAGAGUACUGGAGGCGGAAGAAAAUGGGGACGGUUUCCAUGAUGAUGAGGACUUUGAACUGGAUACUCCAAAGAGAAAGAACAGAAACAGAGGCAAAAACAGAGGAAGUCGCAGGAGGACAGAACCUGUUAACAUCGACGACCAGGACAAACCUUACGUCUGUGACAUAUGUGGAAAGCGCUACAAGAACCGGCCUGGCCUAAGCUACCACUACACCCACACUCACCUGGCAGAGGAGGAGGGUGAGGAGGAGAAAGAAACAGAGAUGGCUCCAUCUCCUCCACAGAGCUCGGACAACCACAAACCUCAGAAGGGCCCCGAUGGCGCCGUUAUCCCCAACGACUACUGUGACUUCUGCCUGGGAGACCAGGACUCCAACAGGAAGACAGGCCAGGCCGAGGAGCUGGUGUCCUGCUCUGACUGUGGACGCUCUGGUCACCCCACAUGCCUGCAGUUCACUGAGAACAUGAUGCAGGCGGUGAGGACGUACCAGUGGCAGUGCAUCGAGUGCAAGUCUUGCAGUCUCUGUGGAACCUCAGAGAACGAUGACCAGCUGCUGUUCUGUGAUGACUGUGACAGAGGAUACCACAUGUACUGCCUGAAGCCUGCAAUGACCCAGCCUCCGGAAGGGAGCUGGAGCUGUCACUUGUGUCUGGACCUGUUAAAGGACAAGGCCUCAGCCUAUGGAGAAGCUUAAUAAUGUCCUGGACAUUCCUCUCAAAUACACACAAUAUAUAUAUUUGUAGAUACGCAUAUAACUGUUUGACAUGUCCACAAAUUAGCAAAAGCUUUAUCUCAUAUAGAAUCAAACACACACACAGAUUCAAACACACUUUCUCUCUCACUCUCUCUCUCUCUCUCUCUCUCUCUCUCUCUCUCUCUCUCUCAUACACACACACUCCAGUGCAUUAGCAGGCACAGGGCAGUUUCCUGUGUGAGGCGCAGAGAUACUCUACCUCUCAUAUAGCCAAGCAACACUCCAGCUGCAAAUGCCAUCAACAUGCAAUCUCAACCAUAGGUCAGUGAACAGCAGGUCUGCCAUUCAGUCACUUCUCUACCUCACCACUCAGCAGACGGCAAAAAUCCAAAGCAAAAAUGAAAAAGGCCAAUACUGUGUAGUACGUGUAUGUAAAGUACAUGUUCAUUUUAAACCAAACAUCUGAAAUCUCUGGGUGUUUUCCCCCUGAUUUAAAUUUGAGUAUGAUUUUGAAGAGGUUUCUCCCAGAGUUUCGUUGCUUCCCUUGCUCUACAGCGGGGGAACCUGAGUGGGUUUGACUGAUGUUUGUUUAAAUUUCUCCUUCCAGCUCUACUCCUGUCUUGUGUUUAAACUUUACAGUGACAUUCCUAUUUUAUAUCUGGACAGACUCAGUGUUAGUUAUGUCAUUUUUCACAGUAUUUGUCAAGCUUGGUGAAAUUUAUAUCCAGUGCUAAGAGGAAAUGGGGCAAUAAAAUAGCCUUGACUAUCAUUCCUUUUGGAGCGUGUUGACAUUUUUAAUCCACGUCUGUUUUCUGUAUCCUUGCAGUUACUAGGAUAACAUGGUGCUCAGUGUGACACUUAACACAAUUAUUUAACAUGUCUUUACAUAGAAUUAAACAUUUAUUUAUGCAUUGUUGAUAAUGAUCCAAUGUUACUGUCAUGGAGAUAAUUGUUACUGUAAAUCAGUGGUUCCCAGACUUUUACUGUCUUGCACCUUUAGGGAAGCCAAAAAGCUUAGUUUCUUAGUAGCAUUUUAAUCAUCUGGUAUCAAUACCGGGGCAGCAACAAAAAGCCAAGCUGAAAUAUAUUGAAAUAACAUUAGAUGUGAAAAUGAACUACAUUUUCUUGCAUUUUCUCAUUAGUUUCUGGUAUUCAAAUGAAGAUAGUUUGACUUGUCAGAAAUGCACAGGUGAAACUUAUAACAUUAACAAUGGCUCAAUUCAAGCAAUUACUGCAAAGCAGUUUAUUUAUUUACCCUUCACACAGAAGUCAACACAAACAGGCAUCUCAUUUUUGUCAGCUGAAACAAUAACUCUAGCUAGCAGAUUUUAUAAGCUCUAGCUAGCUAGCUAGCUAAUUAACCUUGAUUCCAUGAGUUGUGUGAAAAAAGUCCCCAUCUCCAGCUUAUCUUCUAAUGUUUCCACCAGACGAAUUUUAAACAACAAUCCUUUAAAAAGUGUGGUGGCUGUGUACGCAAUACAGCUAAGGCUAAAACUGAAGCUAAAACUAUAAGUUACAGGCAAAGAGUCAGAAUUUUCACCCAUUGACAGACAAUGGAAAUGAGGAGCAACAUUGUUGUUUUGCAAGGUAGAGUUAGCCAUGGUACCAUUGCACAGAUGUUAAUGUUAUUCCAGACUCUGAUCUUUGCUACCUCUGAGUGGAUGUUCCAGUCGUAAACUGGGAUUUUUGUAACCCCACAUAACAAUGUGGCCUGGAGGGUAGAAAGUAACUCCGGACUACAACUGCUAGGUAGCCGUGCAUGCUAACUUUUGCAGUUUACAGUAGAGCUGGAGGACAUACUAUUUAAUCCAUUUCUUACAAUCUGACGUGGUUUAGCUUUUACUGAGGUUUAAAAAAGACACUUCUCCAGAUUCUUUAUAAACUGAGUACUGCUAGUGUAGCCUACCAUGCACACUGCUCCAGCAUGUGGAGAAAUACAAGGUUUGACAGCUUUGCUCAGGGAGGGGGUUAAACCAAUGUCUAAUUAAUGUUGCCAUUAGUUACACCUGUGUUGGGCAGGUCAAACUAUCUGCUGUGAAAAAAAUCUUUUCAGCUUUUAUGGUUGCACUCUACAGUUUACCCCUGGGCAAUGUUCACCCCUGCAAUACCUCCGCACCCCUCCAGAGGACCCCAACACCGAGUUUGGGAACCACUGCUGUAAAUUAACCAGUGCAACAUGGGUAUUAUCAUAUCUCCAUUCAUCACUUGUUUGAACAAGCUAUCCAUGUCCAGUAUUUACUGGUGUGUCCUGUCUGGAAGUUGGCACAGCUUAGGCUAUGUAAGAAUAUUUGAAGUUUUUUAAAGCAGUUAUAAACAGAUUAAUUCUGGAUAUUCUGUAUUUGUUUCACCGUGUGAGCGAUAUGUUUAAUUGGUGUCAUGUAAAAUUGAGUACUAAAAUCUUCAAAUCCCAUCAAUGCGAUAUAUGUUUCUAAGCAAAAUCUGGCAGCACUAAUUUAAUGCUCUCUAAAACAUGGUUGAUCAUGAAUAGGAAUAAGCUCUAAAAAGAAAAAAAAAGAAAAUUGUCCUUAAAAUACACAGUGUGCAAGCCUUGACAGGAUAUCACGUUCUGCAUUUGUGUUUUGUUAUUGUGAAUUUGUACUUGAUUUUGCUUUUCCACCGACAAUCAUGAGCUAGCAUAGAUAUAUGAUGUUUAUAACAUACAGAGGGUUUUUUUAUUGUGCAUUUCCAUUGGUGGGUAUAAUGACCCUUUUGUGUCUUCCUUUUGAAAAUGUCUUGGAUGUCAUUCUCAUUUGAUGCUAUCACUUACAGUGAUUCAAAUUGUGUGUUGUAUUUUGUUAA